GAAAUGGGGAAUUUUACAACUGUAACAGAGUUUUUUCUGGUGGGACUUUCAAACUACCCAGAACUCCAGGUAUUUCUUUAUGUGCUUUGCUUAUUGAUGUACUUGGUGAUUCUAAUAGGAAAUGGUAUACUCAUUAUCAUCAGCAUCCUAGAUCCCCACCUCCAUUCCCCUAUGUAUUUUUUUCUUGGGAACCUCUCUUUUCUGGACAUCUGCUACACUUCUUCCUUAAUACCUCAAAUGCUAUUUAAUUUUACAUCUGAAAGAAAAUCCAUCACUUUCAUAGGAUGUGGCCUGCAAAUGGUUCUUUCCCUUGGACUUGGGUCCACAGAGUGUCUGCUGCUUGCAGUAAUGGCUUUUGACAGAUAUGUAGCCAUAUGCAGUCCUCUAAGAUACACUAUCAUCAUGAACAAGGGACUUUGUGUGCAGAUGGCUUCUUGGACCUGGAUAGUAGGAUUUAUGAACUCCAUGGUACAAUCUGUGCUUACAUUGAUAAUGCCUUUCUGUGAGAACAUUAUUGACCAUCUUGUCUGUGAAAUUCUUGCCCUUUUAAAACUUAUCUGUGUUGACAUAUCCCUCAAUGUAUUUAUUAUGAUAAUUGCAAGCAUUCUUCUGUUAAUCACUCCUCUUGUGCUUAUUUUCUUCUCUUAUGUCUUUAUCCUCUUCACUAUCCUGAAAAUUAAAUCUACUGAGGGGAGGAAAAAGGCCUUUUCCACUUGUUCAGCACACCUCACUGUGGUGAUCUUGUUCUAUGGGUCUGCUCUUUUCAUGUACAUGAAGCCCAAGUCUAAGGACACUAAGCUUUUUGAUGAAAUUUUUGGGUUGUCUUACUGGGUGUUCACCCCAAUGCUGAAUCCCAUCAUCUAUAGUCUGAGGAACAAGGAGGUUAAAGAGGCUGUGGAGAAAGUCCUAAUCAGAAAUCUUUACUUAAGGAGAAUAUGA